AUGUAUCCAUGAAUACAUAAAGAUAUAUAGAAUAUAUGAAUACAUAUAAAGAAAUAAUGAUACGAAAUGUCAUCUAAAGUAUAAAUCACAUAAUUCUCCAUGAUCGCUCUCGCCGCACCCAGAGCUGAAGUAAGAAGAGUAAAAGAAAAAAGAAUUGUCCUCACCUGACCUUGCGCCAUCACUGUGCUGAGACAUAUAUAUAUAUUGUUCAGGCGCCGAGUGAUCAGUAUCAGUUCAUCUGAAACAUUAUAUUCAUCAUGAACGCCAAGGUCCUCAUCCUCCUGGGUCUGGUAGCUAUUGCCGCUGCCGACAGCUUCGAAUCUUUCGAAUACAGACCACCACAGCACCGCUCGUCUGAGGAAUCCUACGAGUCCGGAGAAGCCAAGUACGACUUCCAAUGGGCCGUUAAGCACGACGACUCCGGCAACGAUUUCGGACACCAGGAAGCCCGUGACGGUGAAGACACUCAGGGAUCCUACUACGUGCACCUCCCCGACGGCCGCCUCCAGUCCGUGAGAUACGUCGUGGACGGUGAUGACGGCUACGUUGCCGAUGUCAACUACGAGGGCGAGGCUCGUUUCCCUGACUCCUUCGAAUCUGCUUCCUUCGAGUCCCGCGAAUACAGGCCACGAUACGUCUAUGACUCCAAUGAGUCCAAGUAAAUAUGCUCAAGGAAACAUGAACCAAUAGCGCCAUUUCUAACGUGUGAAUCUAUUUAUUAUUUAUAUGAAUAAAUGUACAUUUUGAA